ACUGCCAAGAGAGGACAGAAGAACCUGCUUUUAUAAAGUCUCGAGAAAACGGGGAAGUGACAAAGCCGCUACUGUUAAGGACAACCGAAGGGUAGGGAGCGUACUACAGAGAAGGAAAGGGUGUCUUUGUAAUGACUACCACCAGCAGCUCUUUUUCGGGUGAGGACGAGGAGGAGACAAAGGGAGGAAGGCUCUCGGGAGUCUAGCCCAGCCCACCCGGGCCUGACGUGGACAGUCACAGCAGGGUCGGGCUUGCAUGCCAUGGCGCUGGUGGCGGAACUGGCUGCUCGCCUCAACUGUGCCGAGUACAAGAACUGGGUGAAGGCCGGGCAUAGUUUGCUGCUGCUGCAGGCAGCCCUGCAGCGCUUUGCUGGGGAGGAAGUCCAAGCCUUCCAUCGGCAGCUUGUCGCCCGCGGCCCCGCCCGCCUUGCUCCGUCAGGCCGUCGGUGUGACGGGCGUUGUACCCCUCGAGGCAAGCAGUUUCAGCCUGCCUGCUCCUUAUGUAAAGAAUGGAAAAAGGAAAUUCUGAAUCAUCACACACAUAGGAAUGGGGAGAUUAACUGGGGAAACUGCAAACCUUGGCUCUGGCCUUCUAACUCAUGGGAGUUUGCAAAGGCUUAUAUGCCUCGUGGUAAAGCAGAUAUUUGUGGUCCUGACAAAUGUGAUGCAUCAGCACUCUUAAACCUUUUCAACUUCUGUGAUCACUUCAGCAACGUUGAUCAGAAAAAAGUCAGAGAGGUGAUUAAGUGCCGCAAUGAACUAAUGCAUUCUUCAGAUAUGAAAGUCUCUUUUUCUUGGCUGAAAGAAUUUGGAAAUCAUGUUCAAAACUUGUUGAAUGAAUUCCAGCAUAUUCCAGAGACUCAGAAGGCUCGUAUAAGGAUAGAAAAGCUUCUGUCAUCUGACUGGGCUGUUCACGUACCUGGGGAAGAUCACCUUGAUGGAUUGGAAGGUGAACUUAGUCAAAGCCAGAUUGGUGAAAUAGAAGCAGAACUGAUAAAGGAGAGACUUAAUGAAAUCAGCCUUCUCAUGGAGGAGCAAGGAAUUAUUUCGGAAGAGGAUUUAAACAGAGUACAAAUUGUAAAGAAUUUCUUAAAAGACAACCAUGAUCUUCAAAGAAGUUUACGAGCAGAAAUGGAGAACCUAGAAGCCCUAGUACAAGACUUGUACAGCCAAAAAAGUGUCUGUGAAAAAGAGUCUGUGGAAAGGAGCCAGCAAAUGAAUUCUGAACAGGACAAAGAUGGAGAUUGUCCUUUAGAGAAAAUGAAGCGUGUGAUAUGAAGAACUUGACUCUACCAUGAAAAUGUCAGGCACUAUUAUUAAAAGGAAAGCUUGUAAAAGAGUAAUCUCUCUUUAAAUAAAUAUUCCUGUGGGAUUGUGUAAAUUUAUAUUGA